AUUAUUUGGAUUUUAGUUUGCUUGGGAUUAUCCGAAAGAAUCUUUCUUUUUGUGGGUGUCUAUCAUUUCUGACUUAUGAGAUCCAUCAAUUUCUGAGCCGUGAGGAGGGAUUUUUAUUUGGUUAUUCAUAGAAAUUCAAUUAGAAAGUGAUGUUCCUUUGUUCUUUUGCGAUUCUUAUCAGUUCUUGUCGAUGAAUUUUUUUCCCGCCGAUUGGUUUCGUCCACAAAAAAGUUUUGUGCUUUAGAUGGAAGUUAGAGGCUGUAACGCUUAUUGUCCUAAAUACUACUACUUUUGGUCGUUUGAUUUCUUUCGUGAUUGUGCAGUGAUUACUCAUAAAGAUUCUUGUUUUUUUAUCACUAUGUUCCUCUUUCAGUGGAGCUUGGAAAGCCAGUGACAAAUCCAAUGUAUCAGGGGAACACUAUAUUGGGUUCAAGGGAUGUAAUGGAAUCUUGUCCGAAGGAGAAUAUUGAGGACUUCAAGGAUAGGUUGAUCGAAGAAAAUCUUUACUUGAUUACUGAGGAAAGUGAGCAGGGUCGUUUGCCUGUGCUGAUUUUAAGCAUCAAGCAAAGUACUUUACAAAGAAGGCCAGCUAUUGUAAUUUUACAUAGCUCUUACAAAUGCAAGGAAUGGUUGCGUCCAUUACUGGAGGCAUAUGCUUCGAGGGGAUACAUCACUGUUUCCAUUGAUUCUCGCUACCAUGGUGAAAGAGCCAGCAGCACAACAACGUACCAAGAUGCUCUUGUUUUAGCUUGGAAAAAUGGUGAUACGAUGCCUUUCAUUUUUGAUACGGUGUGGGACUUGAUAAAAUUGGGAGAUUAUCUUAUGCAGAGGGAGGACAUCGAUGCUUCUAAGAUCGGGAUCACUGGUGAAUCACUUGGAGGAAUGCAUGCUUGGUUUGCUGCAGCAGCUGAUACCCGCUACUCUGUGGUUGCUCCUAUAAUUGGUGUUCAGGGGUUUCAAUGGGCCAUAGAGAACGACCAGUGGCAGGCUCGAGUUGAUAGUAUAAAAUCUGUCUUUGAAGAAGCACGUAUUGAUUUAGGCAAGAGCACACUUGAUAAAGAAGUUGUGAAAAAGGUUUGGGAUAGAAUCGCUCCUGGUCUAGCCUCGCAGUUUGAUUCACCUUACACAAUCCCAAUAAUUGCACCACGCCCUCAGCUUAUUUUAAAUGGGGCUGAAGAUCCUCGCUGCCCUCUUGCUGGUAUAGAAAUUCCUUGUUCUACAGCAGUUGAGGCCUAUAAACGAGCUAACUGUCCAGAGAAAUUUAAGCUAAUAGCAGAACCUGGGAUUGGGCAUAAAAUGACAGCAUCGAUGGUGAAGGAAGCAAGUGACUGGUUUGACAAGUUCCUCAAGUGAUUAUUCUCUUAUGUGAACCUUCUGCUCCAGAGUGCUCUGAUCUAUCUUUUGUUCUUUCCUUGGCUUCUUUGUUAUUUUUCCCUUUUUCAAUAUUAGUACUUCUAUGUAAACAAAAGCUUGUUAAGCUAAGCAAAUUUUCGAUGAGUUUAAAUAGUAUAGUUGGUCAAUAAUGGGAUGGGUCAUUAUCUUCAUUUACCACUUCA